ACUAUUCAUACAUAUAUAUAUAUAUAUAUAUAUAUAUACAUACAUACAUAGGUAUAUGUAUUAGGUCUGCUGGUGUUAAGCGCAGUUCACUCAAUUCGCUAUUUUUAGGCACAUCGAAAAGCGAAACUUUUAGCCGACUGUGUGCAUGAGUCAUCGGAGAAUCUAAGCCGGGUCUACACUUGCCAAGCAGCUGUGCCGCGUCAUCGUCAUCGCCAUUUCUGACUGCUGCCCACACCACACAGCUCAGAGACUGGGACUCGAUUUUGCGAGAGCGAACUUUAUUUGGUAAUGGCGUCACAAGAUGCCGCUGAUUGCCCAACCUCAAGGCUGGCACAAAUGCGGAUGCGCUUCCAACAGAAGACACAGGUGGAACAGGAGCAGCGACGUCUAGAGCUUAACCAAGCUGCGGCUGCUUCGCCCAGAGCCGCCUCCAGCCGGCUCAUAGGCAAUGGCAAGGUGCGUCAGAUGUUUGACGAGCGUCGUCGUGGCGCCGGCAUUGAUCGCAGCAAUCCGCUCAAGCCCAUUAGCGAAACACGUUCACACGCCCAACAGCAGCAGCAGCUCACCAAGGGUAUUUCCACAAUGAGCCUCAAGGAGAAGCCAGUCUCUGGCCGUCAUCUGAUCAGUGAUAGCAACAACAACAGCGGCAGCAAAUACAAUGCAGCGGGCACGGCGACAAAUGCCAAUCGCCUGAAGCCAGUGAUAACACGCAAGACUCCACCCAAAAUGGAGAGAGAGACUGCAGUGCGCCCAACUUCCUCGCCACCAAGCAGCGCCAGAGCCAGGACAAUGAAACCAGCCGUCACGCCGGCAACGACAGCUGCUCGUUCGCCGAUCGUACGAGCUCCAUUGUCAGAAAGAGGCCGCGUUUCACCGCCAAAGGCGCGUCAGGUCAAUCCAAAAUCUCCAGUUACCAAAAUUCAAAUGGACACACAACCGCCGGAGGGCACCAAAAGUUGUCGCUUUUGCGGCCGACACUUUAACACUGACCGUUUGGCUAAGCACGAGGAAGUGUGCCAGCGCACCAUGACCACCAAGCGCAAGAUAUUCGAUGCCUCGAAGCAGCGUGUCAAGGGCACCGACACUGAGAAGUUUAGCAAGCAGGCACAGAAGCCCGGCUUGAGCCGCGUACAGUCCGCAUAUAGCAGUGCCGCACAGCAGCAGGGUCUGAAAACAGGUGUCAAGAAGAGUAACUGGCGCAAGAAGCACGAGGAAUUCAUUGAGGCCAUACGAGCUGCCAAGAAGGUUCAGGCCCAUUUGGCUCGCGGCGGCAAACUGAGUGAUUUGCCACCGCCGCCGCCAUCAGAGAAUCCGGAUUAUAUACAGUGCCCGCAUUGCGGCAGGCGCUUCAAUCAGCAGGCCGCCGAGCGGCACAUUCCACGCUGUGCCACAAUGAUACACAACAAGCCACGCCGGAACAGCACACAGCAGGCAGCGAAGAAACGCUAACUUGAAUUGGGAAUUGGGACAUGCCCGUUUAUUACAUGUGAUAAAGGAUUUGAUGAAUAUAUUAUAACAGCAUUAAAGUAAAGAACGCCUUUCCCUGUGCUAGUCAGACAGUA